GCACAAGAACCAGACAAAUACAUUGCCCAAUAGCCAAAAGAGAUAGUUUAGACCAGACAGCCAUGAGAGUCGUCGUAUUCGGCGCGUCCGGCGUGCAGGGAGCCCACCAGGUCCCUGUUCUCGCGAAAGCAGGCCACGAUGUCGUCGCCGUGAGCCGCAAUCCCAAGCAUCUCGAAGUCGAUGGGAAGACAAUCGAGACAUUUGCGGCCGACUUCGCCGACAAGGCCAAAAUCUCAAAAGCCAUCGCAGGUUCCGACGCCAUCUUCCUCAAUCUGCCCUCCACCUCCUUCAACCAGUCCGGCCCCAUCCUCCAAGGCGCAAAAGACAUCGGAGAAGCCGCAAAAGAAGCUGGCAUCAAGCUCAUCGUGUUCAAUACGAGCAUGCCCGUUCCGAAGGAAGCGCAGGACAUCAAAGCGCAGGAUGACCGCAGGGAAAUGAAGCGCUUGCUCCGCGAGACGGGCAUGCCGGUGGUCAGCAUCGAGCCAGUCGUCUACAUCGACAAUCUCCUCGAGGGAUGGGCACUCCCGCCGAUUCGCGACCGCAACACCGUCGUGUACUGCCACAAGCCGGAUCUCCAGGUCUCGUGGAUAUGCCACCACGACGUCGCGCAGCUGAUGGUGGCGGCUCUCCAGCGGCCCGAACUCGCGGGGCGGGACUUUGCCGUCGGAGGCCCAGAAACAGUGCGGCUCGAACAGCUCGCAGAAAAAUUGUCGAGGGCUUGGGGAAGAAAGUUGGAGUAUGAAAACCAGACUGUCGAGGACUUUUGCAAUAAGAUUGGCAAGACGAUGCAGGGGAGAGGGCUUGAGACGGAGAAGAUUGUCAGCCAGAUGUUCAAGGCGUAUACAUAUUACAAUGAGGCGGAGGACGAGCCGUUCAAUAUUGACAUGGCGCCGGUGUUGAAGGAGCUGCCUGUUAAGCUGACGCCGAUUGAGGAGUGGGCGAAGAGGAGGAGUCCGCCCGGGUGGUAGCCAAGCAAUGAACAAGUUCUUCAACUGAGUACCGCGGCAUGUUGGGGGCGAAUGUCAAGGCAGC